AUGGCUCAGGAGCCGGUCAUUCUUAAUGUGUAUGACAUGUAUUGGAUCAAUGAGUACACAUCCUCCCUAGGAAUAGGAGUCUUUCACUCAGGUGUACAGGUGUACGGCACAGAAUAUGCCUACGGCGGACACCCACUGCCUCUGUCUGGGGUGUUUGAGAUUGAACCUCGGGAUGCAGACGACCUUGGGGAGCAGUUUAAGUUCAAAGAGGCUAUAUGUUUGGGCUACACAGAUUUUGCUCUGGACGAUGUUCGGAAAAUUACAGAAGAGCUCGGAAAGGAGUUUCGAGGUGACCAGUACCAUCUACUCAACAAAAACUGCAAUCACUUUACAGCAGCACUUGCACAGACCCUGUGUGGCAAGGAGUUACCAAGCUGGGUCAACCGUUUGGCCUACGUCAGCUCCUGCAUACCUUUUAUAGAACGGGCGAUACCCAAAGAGUGGCUUACCCCCAAUGCUUUGCAGAAUGUGAUAGAGACCAGCUCAGCCGCGCAACAAGAUAGGGGCCGACCUGAGGGCCCCAAGAGAUAG